UGGUAGGUAAAUCGUGCGAAUGGACGUCGACGAGCUGAUGAUUAAUCACCAUUUCAUGUUUCGGCUCCCCGAGAUUCUCUCGACAUGGGGCUUCACGCGGCGGCGACGGAGGCGAUAGCGGCGUACACGGGCCUCUCCCCGGCGGCAUUCUUCACCAUCCUCGCCCUCAUGGUCGCCGUCUACAAGGCGGUGUGCGGCAUGUUCGUUGACCCCGACGACGAUCUCGACAAGAAGGCGGCCGCGGCGAGCGCCACGACGUCCGCCGCCCCGCCGCCGCCGCCGCCGCCGCCGACCGUCCCCGCCGAGCCGGUCCAGCUCGGGGACGUGACGGAGGAGCAGCUGCGGGCUUACAACGGCUCCGAUCCGAGCAAGCCGCUUCUCAUGGCGAUCAAGGGCCAGAUCUACGAUGUCUCUCGCUCCAGGAUGUUUUAUGGUCCAGGGGGGCCAUAUGCCUUGUUUGCAGGAAGAGAUGCGAGCAGGGCGUUAGCAUUAAUGUCGUUUGAUCCAAAAGAUCUUACGGGGAACAUUGAGGGGCUGAGUGAGUCUGAGCUUGAAGUUUUGCAGGAUUGGGAAUACAAGUUCAUGGAGAAGUAUGUGAAAGUUGGGGAAAUUGUUCCUGAUGGAGCAAGAACUGGUGUCAAAGAUAAAAGUCUGUGAGAGCUAGGAAAAGCAAAAAUAUGGUGACCGGGAAGCAGAAUGGAAAGCGAAUCCCUCGCUGUAGGUAUGAGUUGGCUUCGCUUUCACACUUUUCCUGGUAUUAGAUGAGAUGAUGUUGAGGUAUUACUUGAUGAGCUUGAGCUGAAUGUGCACUGUAUGUACUUGUUGCCGAAUAAUAUAGCUUGAAAGUAAUAUAUGUCAAGCAAGGCAUUCUUCAUAUCGACUGGACAAAAUGCCUUUGGUCUUCAAGGAA